AUGCCGUUUCCUGACAAGUCGGUCGCCCACCUGCUGGGCUCAAAUGGACCCGUUCACGCCGUCACAUACUCUGCCUCUCCCGGCACCUACAUCCUCACCGGCUCAGCAGACCGCAACAUCAGACUCUACAACCCGGCACCGCACGACCAACCCGCACGCUACGGAGCAACCAUCACCAACAAGAAACCAGGAACCGCACUGACAGUUUCCGAAGGCCGCCUCAUUCAGACAUAUGCUGCGCACGGCUACGAAGUCCUCGACCUCUCCGUUUCCUCAGACAACGAGCGCUUCGCCUCUGCUGGCGGUGACCGCGCCGUCUUCCUCUGGGACGUGGCGACGGCCACAACGACGCGCCGCUUUGGCGGCAACGUGCACGGCCACACGGCGCGCGUCAACUGCGUUUCCUUCGCUGGCGACGGCGACUCGCUGGUCGUCUCGGCGGGCUUCGACACAAGCGUGCGCGUGUGGGACGCCAAGUCCAACUCGGCCAAGCCCGUGCAAGUCCUCGAUGAGGCCAAAGACGCCGUUACGGCGCUCACGGUGCGGGACGCGGAGAUCGUGGCGGGUAGCGUAGAUGGUAGGGUGAGAAGCUAUGAUGUGCGCAUGGGGCGGUGCGUGACGGAUGUUAUCGGUGCGAGCGUGACAAGUCUGAAGCUUACGCGUGAUGGAAAGGCCAUGUUGGUCAGCUCGUUAGACAGCAAGAUCCGGUUGAUGGACCGGGAGAGCGGGACGUGUCUUAAGACGUAUGCAGAUGGAGGGUGGAGAAACGAAGAGCUGCGUGUGCAGGCUGUACUAGGCGGCAAGGAGAAGUAUGUCAUUGCUGGCGACGAGCUCACUGCUGGUACGGGGUCGGCGGGGUUGAACGGCGAUGGCAAGAUCUGGGCGUGGGAUUUGUUGACGGGCAAGUUGGUUACCACGGUGAGGGUACCCUGUCCAGAGGGUUUCGAGCCGAAGAAGAAGAUACUGGGCAAAGACGGCAAGGAGAAGGAGAGGAGUAACGUUAUCAGCUGCAUCGCUUGGAGGGACGAUGGAUGGGGGGAUCAAUUCUGCGUCGGUGGCACAUCGGGAGUAGCCACUGUUUUUGGUUCACUGUAG